GCUUGCAACUGCUGCCUUCUCUAGAGACCCUUACCAACGUUGAAUCAAUCAGCACAGCAAUUCCGACAUCAACGUUUAUUUGCACGGUCUUGACGCUCACGCGAGAUGAAAGAUCCUGAAUCCCACAUGUUUGGCUAGCGUCACCAGCACAGUGCCUUACAAUGUCGUUCGUGGGAGCUGGGUUUUUGACCCCAUACCAUCAUCCCACUUCCUUUCCCGGGUCGCCGAAGGACAAGUCUGCUAGACCUAGUCCAAAAGAUGAAUACAAGACACAAAAGCCAAGUGCCGUCGAUACCUCCAGCCCAACCUCUAGCGGGGGCGCUCAAGGACGAGCAGGCCAGAAUCGAAAGCGCCUUGUUUUCGCCGAUCCCGUUGCCUUUCGCUACCUGGAAGAAGAUCCUGCAACUGAUCCUAUAGAACGAUGGAGACGCCUUGAAGGGUACGAGAUGUACGUGGUUGAGCAAUGGGCCUGCUCGAGAAGCCAUCCCACUUUUAUCAUUUGUACCUACACAGGCGACCCUUCGCACUCCAUUUUGGUGAACGUCCUUGCUGUGCCCAGUGACGAAAGCACAUGGUCUCAGAGAUUGCAAGUCUAUUUCCAAGCAGUCUCUCAAUAUCAUGCGAAAGAGAAAGACACGCCUUUGGGCGCACUCAUGGUCACCAACCUGAGUUCGUUUCCAUCAGCCCUUACCGUCGUUCCAGUUCCGGAUGGCGAUGUCAGGAAGCAUCGAGAUGACUUUAUUGUCAACGAGGACCUCAAGCGCAUGGGAUGCUCCGGGAGAGCUGGCAUCAACCUACAGCCGCCUCAAUCCAGUACCGUUGCUAAAUUCCAUCACCUCUACCGGACAAGUGAGAUUGUCCCGCUAUAUCAAUCGGUCAUGGAACUUGUACGGACAUGCCAAAUCGCAUUGGUUAUGUACGACAAACUCCAACCCACAUACGCCGACGGCUUGCUUUGCGAUGUGACCGAGCGGGCUAUCAACGACUGGUGGACAGAUAUUGGAACCUAUUUCUACAACGUCGAACCUGGCGACGGUAUUCUUGGACCAACCACGGUGGCAGCACUUCUUGGUCUCCUCAUCGGAGCUUACAAUCGCCUCAAAGCCUUCGGAUCCCCUGUUGGGAAGGACGUCUUGGAUACCGUCUCAAUGAAAAGGGCCAUCGGCCAUUUCCAAAAAGGCCAAAAAAUGGAAAAGACUCGACGACUUGAUCGAGAGACUCUCGAUCGUCUCCACAGGGCUACGGCAAAGAAUGCCAGCGGUGAAGGCUGGACUGUACCAAAGGCAGUCAAGUCCACCGUUGCUGAGCUUAGUGGCAAAGGAGGAGAGAUGGUCAUGGGUAUAGUCGGAGGUCGCGACAAAGCCGGCAUCUCAGAAGCUGAGACCAUGGACAUUGAACGUUUCGCUCAGUUGGUCACGGGUCCUAAGAUGAAGUGGCUCUGGCAAGGGAAGCCCAUCAAGUCGGGCGAUCCGUUCGCCUGGCCGACUGGCGAUCUUGAUCUCAAGGGCAGAGUGUUUAGCACUGAUGAUCAAGGCAAUUUUCUGUGGACGGGCAACCAGCAUGAAUCCACCUCGGACGUAAACGCCCUUGAACGGACCGAUACGAUGUACACGAAUCAAUCGGACUCCAAGUCCGGCCGACACCGUUUGAGAGGAGCUGUUGGGGGCCUGAGGAGCUAUAACCAUCGUUAUCAGAAAGAUAUUGACGAAACCCAGGAUUGGGUCGAAACCGCUGCGACCAGACACACUCCUCGAGAUCAUACAUUGAGGACGGCAACUGGGAUUCCGCAUCCAUCUGAACCUCGUGCAUUUGACAUGGCUUUGGUCAACACUGAGCCGGUCUCGCCUCAAACCGAACGGCGCCUGCCACUACGCCGAACUCAAACGACGACUGAGAAGAGAAUGCCAUCACAUCGGGAACAACUGCGUCCCGCCUUGCCAGGGGACUCGCCUAGGAAGAAGAAAGUCGAUGCCGAGUUGGCGGACCUGCGCAAUGAAUUCAAAGCAGAUAUCUACCGCAACUUUUCCGCUGCUAUGCCAUAUAAAGGCCCCAGUAGUCGGGUCCUGCGACGGACGCAGAGCAAUGUCCAACUAAUUGGCCAUACCAUUGACAGUCCUCGGCAGAACCGAAUCAACCGACGCCUUUCCUUCAGCGUGGUAGAAAGCGCAGUUCUGGACACAGGCAAAAACAUCGUGGAGGAAGGUAUUGUGAAGGGUAAAAUUGAGGGAGACCUUACCAAUGCCCUAGCUGAACGCGACGCCCUGGAGGCCUAUGCCCAAAAGAAAGCUAAGCGUAUCCAGCGCAUUCAGCAAGGUCUAAUCCCAUACACUGAAAGCCGGGUCGUCCAUGUGGAGAGCCUAGAGAGAAUUGCUCAUCAACACCUGGAAGAACUCAAUGAACUGUACUAUCAUCGCCUGGAAGAGUAUCAGACUCUACAGGCUACCUCGUCCGAUCUCGUGUCGCAGGAGAAAACGGCUUUGACAGAAAGUUUCCGGCGCAUGGAAGUGUUGGGUGCGAAAAUGGACUAUGAAUUGGACAGCUUGCAGAGUCGACUGCAGGAGGUGGAAGAUGGAGUGGACGACUUUGAGAGGAAUGUUUUGCUGAUCGAGGCGAGAGCAAAGGAGUUAAAUGGUGAGAAUGAAACGCCUCCUGCAAAUUCAUCGUGGAUUGCACGAGUGCUGAACUUUUUGGGGCCCAAGAAGUAAUGGAACGGCAUCUGCGAGUCGAUGGAGAAGGGAUGCUUUCUGUGGUUUAGCGAGGCGUUUGGGAGGUAUAAAAGCUCGCCGGACCUGGUUCAAGGGAUUUGGCACAGCACUGGUAAUCUGGCCUCAAAUUGUAGGAAUUGAGAUUUGAUGCUCCCUUUCCACUGCGCCAUCUCUACCAGUCCCUGGCCA